UUUCAGUGCGUGUGCUUCUAGUAGUGACUUACUUUGUAAUGACAAUGGGUGUGCGUAAAACUCGGUGCGUAACGCACAUAAAUGAUAUUUACUGCAGGAAACUUUGCAAAAAAGUUUAAAUAUUUAACCAUAUGGAUCCUUUGUGGAUUUAUUUAGAGUUUCUAAUCAAGUCUUUUUUCUCAGGGGAUAAAAUCCAGACUCCCAGAGGUAAACUGAUACUUGUGCGCUGUGUGUGGUACGUUGGCACGCUCUGAUGGAAAAAGCAUGCUUCCGCUCAUGUCAGAGUUCUAAUCCUGAACAGAUCCCAACAAAUGAGCAUUACAGGACUCCCUGUACACCUUCAUGAAUAACUAUUAAACACCAAGAGGACCAAAUAUUUUUAAUUCAUGCGCAUUUUGUCGCUUUACUCGUCAUGGUUUAGUAAGCUGGCCCCAUCAUAUAACUGUGACAAAUGCAUUCCGAGGUGUUUUGGAAAGUCGGUCGUGGGAGGAGAUUUGUCUUCCUCCGCUGCGCCGUGUCCGGCUUCUAGUCUGGCUCGUGGCCAGAUGGGGAGGGAGUAGUUCCUGGCGAUUUCUUGGAGGGAUUUGGGGGGAUAGCGGGGCAGGGAGAGAUUUAACAAUUGAUAGGUGGUCGGGUUGUACUUGGCCGAGUGGAUAUGCGCAAGGAAAGUCGAGGAGCUUUGUUUCUCUCAGUUAUGGAGUUAUUGGCAGCGAUGGACAGAGGGAGGACGGAGGAACAGCGGUUGGUGCUUCUUGAUUUUCACGUUUGUAAGGCGCAGAGCAACACAGAGGGACACUGACCUUUUAAUUAUUGCACAGAUAAACCACUAAUUAGAUAUGAAUUAAGGGAACAGUUAGUUAAUCAGAUAGAGAAGGUCCCAACAGAGGCGCAACCAUGACGACGGAGUGCUCCAAGCAACAUUUGGAUUCAUCUGAUCCUCUGAGCGCACAGCCGGUGAUGGAGAGCGCGCAGGCUGCAUCCACCAAAUGGAAAAAGGGAAACUCCGGCUUGAGGCGCCCUGAAAAGCCCCCUUACUCAUACAUCGCCCUUAUUGUCAUGGCAAUCCAAAGUUCACCGAGCAAAAGGCUAACUCUGAGUGAGAUUUAUCAGUUCCUGCAGGCCCGCUUCCCUUUCUUUAGGGGUUCAUAUCAGGGCUGGAAGAACUCCGUCAGGCACAAUCUCUCCCUGAACGAGUGUUUCAUAAAGCUGCCAAAAGGACUCGGUAGACCUGGGAAAGGGCACUACUGGACCAUAGAUCCGGGCAGUGAGUUUAUGUUUGAGGAGGGCUCCUUUCGCCGUAGACCUCGCGGUUUUAGGAGGAAAUGUCAGGCUCUGAAACCCAUGUACAGGAUGAUGAACGGUAUCGGAUUUGGUGCGUCCAUGCUCCCACAGAACUUUGAUUUCCAGUCUCCUCCAGGCUCGUUAGCAUGUCACAACAGCUACAACUUAGAUCUGAUGGGUAGUACAGUGCAAGGGGGCUUUGACGGACUCGGGGGAGGGCAUCACGUCCCACACAUGUCGUCAGGCUCCGGGUCAUCGUACAUGUCCGCGUGUCAGGGGGGCUCUAACACGGACUACUGCCCGGACAGCAGCAGCAGCCCCCUGCAGAACCCAUCAGCCAUGAUGGGCUCUUUGGACUGUCAGUCUGCGUAUGCAAAUGCAGCCUCACCCUGGAGCUCACCUGGCAUGUCCUCUUACAUCAAACAGCAGACUCUGACAUCCGGCACUAACACUUCUUCAUCUUCUCUGCACACGGGGAUGCCCUCUUACUCUCUGGAGCAGGGCUACCUGCAUCACAACGCACGAGACUCCUCUGACAUUUCAGUGGGACUGUCUCGGUACUCCGGACACUCCGCUCCUGUGUGUGACAGGAAGGACUUCGUGUUGAACCUAAACGGAAUCUCUUCUUUUCAUCACUCCAGCAGCGGAGGAUCGUAUUAUCAUCAGCUCCACCAUCAUCACCAGAGCGUCUACCAGGACGUAAAGCCGUGCGUCAUGUGACCAAACCAGACCACCAUAGCUGAGUGAAAGUGAAUGUGCCACUUUCAACCAACAAGUGGCAGUUCAUUUUCAGCGAAAACUUAAGUGUUUUAUUGUUCAUUGAAAAGUGUGGAGGCUGUAAAAAUUCUCCACAGUGAGAUUAGACUUAUUAAAAGUUAGUUUUUUAAAGAUUGGUAUAACGUGAGGAACAAUUUUCUUGUCACUCCAUGCUCUGUAUACGCGAAUGACCGAACUCACAAUGAAUUAAGCAAUAUUGACAUCGUUAAUGAAUGAAAUAGCAAACGUUCACGUCAAUCCAUCUGUAUUCAUGCACUUACAUUUAUUUUCCUGAGGUUGUUGCAGAAUUCCUGCAGCAAGCCAUUAAUUAUUUUAUUUUGGAGAAAAGGAGAAAAAUCGAGUUUUGAAUGUC